AUGGAUGAUGAUAGACUCCAUAGAGACUUGGGCUCAGGUCUAGUCACAGAUCUAAGCCAGGCUAUUGCUCCAGCCCAGAAUCUAGCUCUAGCUCAGACUUUGGAGCCAACUUCGGAGCCAAUUUCAGCAAGUCUAGCACUAGCUCCACAUUCAGAGCCCUGUGCACCACAAUCGAAGAAGCGAGCGACUGACUUGCUUCCAAAAAAAGAGUGUGGAGCAACCCUAACACAUGAUGCAGAUAUACACUCAGUCCAAUCACUUUGGGAUUGUUCGACUAAUCACACGGCAUUCGAUAAUCCUAUAAAUAGCAACAUAUUCAAGGACGCACGGCUCAUGGACCGAUCACUGAGGAUACCACCAAGUGUGCCUUUACACUACGAACUCCAUUUUUUUAGACAAACCAGCAUCACACUUCUCAGAAACUUGAAAAGACGAAAACUUUCGAUAGGAAGCUACUGCAUCAUGGAAGAAGGGAGAGAGUGCAGUAAGGAUUCCAAGAAACUCAAGCGCCAAGGACCUGUUGCAAAGGAUCAAGCUUCGCAAAGCCAACCGAAAGUCCACCUGUCAAGUUGGGAUUGUUGGUGGGAAAUGGCGUGCUCCAACGGAAAGGAGACCUCUCAAAACUAUCUUUGGAUCGACCGCGAGGAAUAG